UAGGCUCCAGCUUCUCGCGACCCCGUAUGGGACAAGCGGUUCAGAAAGUGUGUGUCUGUAUGUCCCGUGACAAUUAUUAAGUAAUAAGUGGCUCCUUGUUUUAUAGGUUCAUUUUUCGAACUUGCCAGAAGCAGAACACCGAAUUUUGGUAUACUUUAUCCUACAAAAACGGUUUACACUCAGCACUUUAUUUUCUUUUAAUUUUUUCUUUCAUAGGUGCCACAGCUUUAACGGCCGACUGUACCUGACUUCCGGCGCGAGAUUUAAAAAGUCCCGUCGCGUGCCUGCUGCUGUGCUGCUCGCGGCAGUGCUCGCGACGUGAGUCAGAGGCGCUGAUAGAAUCAGCUGUUAAAUUAAGUGCAGGAGUGUGAAAAGUGAAGUAAAAAGUGAAGUAAAGGUGUUUGUUCCCGAUCUCGGCGAAAACGGAAAACGCUGUUUGGUGGCUCUGCUCCACAAUUGAAUGUGCAAAGUUCACCCGCAUUAAGCACUUAAUAAUUCAUAAUUAUUAUUAAUAUACGUAGUAAUAUCGACACGGCAACUGAACUGACUGAGGAAAAUGUGAGAACGCGGGAAGCUGUUAUUCGUGUGAAGUGCAGAGUUAGCGUAAUGAACCCAAACGUGUGGAAUAUUAAGGAGAUUUUGAGCAUUCCACCAGUUUCUGGUUGGACUGGUUCUGCCGGCGAAGGCUCCAGCGUCACUGAUUCCCAGUUCCUCUUCGGGUCCCAGCUGUGGCCUGACCAAUCACAGAAAUUAUCCCAGGACAUUGCCUUCUCUUCGCGGAUCUCCCAGCACGGCUCACCAGAGGCCAGCGAAUCCAGCAUUUCAUCCAGCUAUCACAGCAAGCCUUACCUGUUUGGUGGAGACUUCCAAGACAAAAGCAAGGUGGUCACGCUUACUGGUCGCAAAAAUAAAGGAAUACUUGAGAGGUUUGAGGAGGAUAAGAGAAAAUCAAAAGACAAGGAGGAAAGUGAUGUGCUGAUGGGCCACAUGCUUCAACUGGGAGACUGCAUGGAAAAUAUGAAGAUUACCCUUAAUUGCAUCGAAAGGAACAUAGAUUCUGCGAAAAAUUCCAUACUUCAGUGUUUGGAGACCUUCACAAAAACAAUACAGGACAAUGUGGCAAACAUGCGAGACAACAUGGCCACACAACUCGAGGCACUCCUACACAAGCUGGAUUGUGAAGGUGAAAUAAUGAGGGAGACCAAGGACAGAAAUGCAAAGAUGGAUCUAGAAGUGAGUGCACUCCAAUCCUGUGUGCAAGGUUUAAACCAGGACCUACAAGACCUGAGAGCAGAGCAGAGCAAGGAGCUGGGAAUGAUGGGAGAUGCAUUGUCGCUGCUUCAAGGACUCAUUUCCUCACAAAAGCCCACAGCUGGGAUGGUAGACCAGAAAGUGCAGACGUCACCCUGUUUGCUGGAGAGGUUCUGCUUGGCAGGUGAGGAGGCCAAGCACCUUCAGGGCUUGCAGUUGUGCAGCGGGCCGGUGCAAUUUGUUGGAGGUGAGGGGAAGGGUGGGGAUUUUGAGUGGCACAGUGAUGCUGAGCCUUCUGUGCAACGCUGUUCUGUAAACCUGUCGACAGCUGGGGUUGGAGAGGAUUUCAGGCGGAGGUCGUGUAGCAUACGUUCUCCUUCCAGACGUAGGUCUGGGUACAUUAACAGUCCAGCUCGCAUCCUCAAUGAGAGCAGUGCCCCUAAUGGCACUAAGCUGUUGAAAUGCCCCCAGGGCCUUAGCGGCCAGAGACAGGGAACAGGCCAGCAGUCUGUCUAUACAGCAGGCAAGAACCUAAAAAAACCCAGCAGGUAUAGGCCUGCCUUAAAAAAGAGGGCCAGAGUAGAAAGUGCUCAGAAAUCGCAGCUAGGUUGGUCUGGGGAUUCAUGCAGAGAUGGACAUGAUGGCAGUGUCGUCCAGGAGAGAUUCUUGCAGGAUCUCACUGGGUGUGUGAAAGCCAUGCCCUCCUUCAAUACAUCCAGUGUCUGGCAGCAAAGCCUUUGGCAGCUGUUUAAUAUUGCUGAUGAUUCUGACUGAGAGGCUGACAUUGCCCCUUGGUGAGUUGCCAGUUUUGCAGCGAUUGGUGUAAACCUGCUUCUUGUACACCUUUACACUUACACAGUAUCUGUAUAUGUGUUUGUAUAAAUAUUUUAUAUAUAAACAUUACCUAUAUACAUAUGACCUAUAGAUGACUGGUAAGCAAGUCUAUUGCACUGUACAGAUACAUUUUUAAACAUUUAGUUAAUAUUUAAAAUAUGGGCAGUCUGUCUUCUAGGAAGAUAUUAAACUGUAUGAAAGCA